AUGGCUGCCGAAUCGAGCCAAUCCCUACGACCAACGCGCAGGCCAUCAAUCUCCUUUGGUCCUCCACGCUUCGGAUCCAGCACCGAAACGCUUGAGCUGCCUUCGCCCACUUCAGUCGAAGAAGGCACACCUGUCAGCCGGUCAUUCAGUCGCGUCUCCAACCGUCUUCGUCGAAGUCUCUCCAGUCGUCUGCCCAGCCUUCGCGAGCGCAGCCAUGAGACAGACCGGGAGAACUGCUCGAGCCCUGUGGAGUCCAUCAACCCUAUCACACCCGAGUACCUUGCCUACCUGGCUCAUUGCUCCAAGAGCGACCCCGUCGACACCGUUGAGGAGUGCCCUCUCGAGGUGCAACGGCGCUGUGGGAGGCAGCUGAGAUACCAGGAGAAUGGCAACCUGACCAUGGACAUGGUCACGCCUUCUGGCUCGUCAGCUCACAGCUAUCUUGAAAGACAAGAUGCUUCAACACAAGAGGCGUGCACAGUCGAUCAAGCACAUGGGCCAGUUGAAGGUGACAAUGCGAGCUUCACGUCCUCUGUCUACGAUCAAGACGACUCGUCACAAGAAGGCAUCGACGCGCCGGUAACGCCCCCCAUCGGGACUGUCUUUGAAAGCGAAGAUCUCAGCAAAUACAGUCGUGGAAACGACAAUCUGGACAACCUCAUGUCCGACUAUGCAUCGCGCAAUGAGAGCGUCGACGAGGUCGUUCACCCGGCGGCCGCUGAUGCGGAGCUUGCCGAUCAGGGUUGGCACAGCUUUGUUGUCCCCAUGACAGCCAUGCCGACAACACCUAACAAGGUGCCAACACCUUCACCAGAAUCGAUCGAAGUUUGGAAACGCAGUGUGCGGCAGGGAAGCUAG